CACCCAUCUGAUCAUAGUCAGACGAAUUGUCGGAUCCAUAACACAACAAAACGUUGAGCGCUAAUUGCCGGUUACACAUCCUGGAUUCCGAAAUAGAUAGAACAGGUGAGAUGGAAGAGGUAAAUGAAAACACUGACUCAUCGAAAAGCUCGGUAGAUGAUGCAAUUGCCAAUAUAGAGACCGAAAUAAAAGAGUUAAUUGUAUUGGACCCCAAUGCAAUCGAAGUUGACUUCAACCAUGGAAGGAUUGAAAAACUCGAAAAUCUGGAAUGUCUUACACAAGUAGAGGGACUGUAUCUACGCUGGAAUCUUAUAAAAAAGAUUGAAAACAUUGGAAUGCUUACCAGCUUGAAAGAAUUGGAGCUCUAUGACAAUCAGAUUACUGAAAUUGAAAACCUGGGAUCACUUGUUAAUCUGGAACUUCUUGAUCUGUCAUUCAAUCGGAUCAAAACUAUUAAAGGAUUGAACACCUUGGUGAAACUGAAAAAACUGUUUCUAGUAUCAAACCGAAUUGAAAAAAUUGAAAAUCUUUCUAGUCUGAAAGAAUUGCAAAUGCUUGAACUUGGUGACAACAAAAUUAGAGUGAUUGAAAAUCUGGAUGAGCUUGUUAACUUAGAAUCUUUAUUUUUGGGUAAAAAUAAAAUUACCCAACUCAACAACUUACAUUGUCUUACAAAACUAAAGCUACUUAGUGUACAAAGUAAUCGUAUCAUCACCAUAGAAAAUCUUGACAAGUUAGGUAACCUUGAGGAAUUGUAUUUGUCACACAAUGGAAUUCAGGUUAUCCAAAAUUUGGAACACAAUGUUAAACUCCAGACUCUAGAUCUUGCUGGAAAUAGAAUCAAGCUGAUACAGGGUUUGAACAAUUUAUCUAACCUUGAAGAAUUUUGGUUUAAUGACAACUUAGUUGAAGACUGGAAUCAAUUAGAUGGGCUUGGUGGAGCUACGAAAUUAUCAACUGUUUACUUAGAACGCAAUCCAAUUCAGAAAGAUGUUAAUUAUCGUCGUAAAAUCAAAAUGGCCCUACCGUCUUUGACACAGAUAGACGCUGCUCUUUGUCGAUGAGUACAUGCAAAUAACUUCA